AUCCUGCUGGGAUUAAGCUGGAAGUGCGUUCACGACUCGACACACACACUGCACAACAUAGCAACAAGUGGAAAGUGAUGUUGAAUCGACGUUGAGCUGGAGGAACUCUGACGCCGUGGAUACUGUUGAAAGAAAGUAUGCUGCUGCUGCUGUUGCUGAGUGUUGCGCCCGUUGGUGUCACAGAGCAGCAGUUCAACCUACCUCACUAUGGAUGUGACCCUCUGCCAUUAAGAGGAGUGCUCAUUCGCUGACACACUCACAACCAUUCACAGUCACCAAAACAAAGAGUCUCUUCUUGUGUGACCGCGUGUGAACCCACCGCCAUGUCUGAAGCCGUGGUGAUGGAGCCUCCCAGAACAGGCGGCUUCCUGGAGUCAUCCUGCGGUGCGGGAAGCAGCGCCGCUUCCCUUGAUGACGGCAUUGUGGAUACAGCAAACGAGUCUUCAGAGGAAGAGUCCACAGGGGAAAAGGAAGAGGAGAUUGGUGCACAUAAUGAAGUCACCUGCAGUGCAGAGACAGAGACCAAGGUCCCUGCUGAAGACGCCUCAAACACACAGACAGUGAAAGCCCAGCGCCCAAACUCACUGUCUGUGACAGCAGCAGGGGAGCUGGGCCUGUGGACGUCACAGGGGGAUGCACAGGUGAAACUGAGGAUGGGAGACACCGGCCUGGCUGCUGAGACGCCUUUGACCGUCAACCAGAUGUUUACCUCAGCCGUAGAACGCUUCGGCGACUGUUUAGCUCUGAGCUGGAAGGAGGGCGAGCAGCAGAAGACCCUAAAUUACAGAAAUUACUACGAGUCCUGCCGCACGGCUGCCAAGAGCUUCCUUAAGCUUGGUCUGCAGCGCUACCACGGCGUCGGCAUCCUGGGCUUCAACUCCGCUGAGUGGUUUAUUGCUGAUAUCGGAGCCAUUUUGGCAGGCGGGUUUGCUGUGGGCAUCUACACCACCAACUCUCCUGAAGCAUGCCAGUAUGUAGCAGAAAACUGCAAGGCCAAUAUCAUCGUGGUGGAGAACCACAAACAGCUGCAGAAGAUCCUUCAGGUUGAAGACAAGCUGCCACACUUGAAAGCCAUUAUCCAGUACAAAGAUGCACUAAAAGAGAAGAGACCAAAUCUGUACACGUGGGCCGAGUUUAUGGAGCUCGGACGCGAUGAGCCUGACGAACCUCUCGACGCCAUCAUCUCCAGUCAGAAGCCCAAUCAAUGCUGCACACUCAUCUACACCUCAGGAACCACAGGCCAGCCCAAAGGAGUCAUGCUCAGCCAUGAUAACCUUACAUGGACCGCGCUCUCCACCAGCCGUCACGUGCGUCUGACAGACGCCACUCAGGCUCAGGAGUCUGUGGUCAGCUACCUGCCGCUCAGCCACGUCGCUGCUCAGAUGGUCGACAUCUGGGUCACCAUGAGGGUCGGAGGGGCGACAUACUUCGCUCAGCCAGAUGCACUGAAGGGCUCUCUGGUAAACACCUUGAAGGAGGUUCGUCCCACAGCCUUUAUGGGCGUCCCACGCGUCUGGGAGAAGAUGCAGGAGAAGAUGAAGUCCGUCGGAGCUAAGUCUUCGACCGUGCGCAGGAAGGUGGCUGCCUGGGCCAAAGAUGUCGGCCUGCAGACUAAUCUGACCAAGAUGAAUCAUGGGGCAGCUGGUCGCCCAACAUUCAGCUAUCAAAUAGCCAAAAAGCUUGUGUUCAAAAAGGUCCGUAAGGCUCUGGGUCUGGACCGCUGCUCCAAGUGCUACACAGGCGCCGCACCCAUCACCAAAGACACCCUGGAGUUCUUCCUCAGCCUGGACAUCCCUGUGUAUGAGCUGUACGGCAUGAGUGAGAGCACCGGGCCUCACACCAUCUCCCUCCCCGAUGCCUUCAGGCUCACCAGCUGUGGUAAAGAGAUCAUAGGGUGCAAGACGAAGCUGCACAACCCGGACGAGGAAGGAAACGGUGAGAUCUGCUUCUGGGGCCGCCACAUCUUCAUGGGUUACCUCAACAUGCCUGACAAGACGGAAGAAGCUCUCGACGCAGACGGCUGGCUGCACUCAGGCGACCUAGGCAAACACGACGAGAACGGAUUCCUCUUCAUCACCGGAAGAAUUAAAGAGCUGAUCAUCACAGCAGGAGGAGAGAACAUACCUCCUGUUCCAACCGAGGAUGCAGUGAAGGAGGCUGUGCCACUGAUUAGCAACGCCAUGCUGAUCGGAGACAAGAGGAAGUUUCUGUCUAUGCUCCUCACCAUUAAGUCUCAGGUGCAUGCAGAGACAGGCGAUCCAGAGGAUGAGCUGACACCAGAAGCUGUUGAGUUGUGUCGGAAGCUGGGCAGCAACGCCACACGAGUCUCUGAGAUCGCCGGCGGCCGAGACCGGGUGAUCCACACCGCCAUUCAAGAGGGAAUCAACAGAGUCAACGAGAAGGCGAUCUCCAACGCUCAGCGCAUUCAAAAGUGGAUUAUUCUGGAUCGGGAUUUUUCGAUUUCAGGAGGAGAGCUGGGCCCUACCAUGAAGCUGAAGCGGCCAGUGGUGGCGAAGAUGUACAAGGAGCAGAUUGAGAACUUUUAUAAGGAGCUAGCAACUCCUACAACCCCAGACAACCCUCUGCCUCCUAAAUAAAGCUGCUCCUCCACUUGCUGGGAGAUCCAGACUAUUUCCAUCCUAUUUAUCCAGCAUCUCCCUGCCGCCAUUUGUGUAAAAAUGUUUUGGUUGCCUUAGGUUUUGGUCAUUCCGUCAUGGUUUACAUAUGUGUUUGUUGUACAAAAGGAAAGCAACAGUGAGAAGCCAUUGUAAAAUAGCUAUUAAAUAAUUCAACUAUUUAUUUGGGUAUCGGACAGAUGAAGUAGCUGCAGCUGUAUGUAAGAAAAUGUUUAUUGCACUGCUUUACUUGACAUAGAAAAGACAGAGAAUCCAAAAAAAUCAAAUUCAUAUGAUGGACUAAAGGAGUCAUUUGUGUUUUUGAACAUAAUUUAUUUUCUGUUUGCCAAAGUUCACGCGGGCCAAAAAGGCUUCAAAGAAAACGAAGUCUAUAAUUCAGCAGUCUUAUCCAAUGUUUACUGGUCUUUUACUUGUAUUUGGUGUUUUUUUUUUCCUCUUGUCUUGUUCUGAAGAUAUUACUCACUUAUUUUGAACAUUUGCGUAUUGAACACGGGUGUAUUGUACGUAAGUAUUUCAUAACUAAGCAUCCAAAUUUUAUUUUUCCAUGCUGUAAAAACAUGUCAUUGAAGCCAUAUAUCUUGCCUUUUUUUGUAAUUGUAAAGUCAGACUAACGUUCUGUAUGCCAGCCUACACACCUGCCUGGUCCUGUUGAAAUGUUUGACCGCAGUCCUUCUGUGUGCAGACCUUCUUUUGUGUAAUAUUGUGAAUAUGUUUUGCUUCUGUCAUCUUUAUUUAAUUUUAUAAGUUAAUUUGACAUUGACUCAACAUUUAGGCAUCAAACAUGGAAAAGGUCUAACAAAAUGUAUAUACGUUAUAUUAUUAAAUAGGUUUACUAGGGUGCAGUGAAAGAGGACAUGGAGGUAGUUGGUGUGAGAGAAGAGGAUGCAGAAGACAGGGUUAGAUGGAGGCAACUGAUUCGCUGUGGUGACCUCUGAAGGGAAAAGCCGAAAGGAGAAGAAGACUAGAGUUGUCCUUACUGGCCAUGUUUAAUGCAUCAGGCAUAAUAAUGUUCAAAUGCUCGAGGUUUUGAUCUGGCGACCACUUCCUUGAAGACAUUUCACACAUCUUCACCAUUUUAAAUAUAAAAGUAAGGAAGUAAAAGAGGUUGUUGCACUCCAAAGAGCUGAUUUUGUAAAUGAAGUCUUUGUAAAUAAGCAUAUCGUAGGUAUUUGUAGCACUCUGAAAGUUCAGAGAGAUGGUUUGAAGGUUAUGGUGGUUAUGGCCAACUGAUGUUCAGGGUAAACAAAAAAACUUUGAGGUGUGCGUGUGAAGUUAAAUAAGGAAAUGAUGGUGAUUCAGUAUGUCAUGGUGAGUGAGUCUCUCGCUGUCUUCAAUUCGUACAACUUUACAACUUCAUGAAGCCAACAACGUCCCUCCAAAUCUACUGAAAUUUUAUUCUACAAAAAUAAAUAAAAUAGUUCAGUAAGAGCUCACAAGACCCCAGACAGAAAACUGUGUUUACCUGACCUUAAUGAGCUGUUAAUAUUGUGUGUAAUAUCAGGGCUAAAGAUUGAAAUAUGCAUGACGCUGCAGGAAGAAGUGAGCCUGUGAAUGUUGUGUGAUCAGUUAUGUAAUAAAAGUUAAUUAAGCUGA